UCGAAUACGCAUGUGAACCGGGCAUGAACGUCACGGUUGCGGGCACGCUCAGAUCUAUCAUACUGGUACUACUAGCUCUCCAAGGUAGCUCUCCAAUAUUGAAUACAGGUACGGUCUUUCCCGCCAAAAAUACGUACUCCCAAAACACUGCCAAUGCCAUCUAAGACUAAAUGGUUUGACAAAUCGGUUCAAGAAGGUGCAUGCGCAAUUGAGAAGCCUUCAGCUUUUCUAAGCUUUGGCGUGAAGCACAGAAGGAUUGUAGCUUCCUUGUCCUACAAAAACGAUCUUAGUCUGCACCAUUGGCAAGAGCAGAGGCGGCGCUUUGCAACUAGGUGACGCACCUUCGAAUUUGGUCGAAUAACAAUGUACGGGGGUGGUGGCGACGGGUUCGGCGAUGGAGGUGCGAGUCAGUUUGCAGGGGGCGGUUUUAUGCCUAGUCCGGUGAGACCCGGAGGUGGAGAGGGGGCAAACUCAGGAUAUUCGCCGGCAAAUCAAAGACGGGGAGGCACGCAAAAUCAGAAUAUUGUACCGGUCACUGUGAAGCAACUUGAGAACGCUGCAAAGGCAACGAAUGGCGAAGAACCAUUUCAACUCGAUGGCCAGGGUCUCUACCAUGUCACGCUUGUUGGCAAACUCCUUGAAAGAAAGACGACCCAACUGAAUAUCCUGAACGUGGUCGAAGACAGCACCGGAAAGCUUGAGGUCAUUGAAUGGACCAAUGCUGACGACCCCCCACCAAAAGAAGAAGUUAGUGUGGGACAGUAUGUCAGAUUAUAUGGCAGUCUUCGAGCCUUCAAUGGCAAGCUACAAGUGGUCGCCUUCUCUAUGAGGCCGGUCAAGGAUAUGAAUGAGGUGACAUUCCAUGGUUUGGAGACUAUCCUGGUCCAUCUUCACAACACAAAGGGGCAGGGUGCGGGAAGUAUCGCUCACCAAAUCCCUGCACAGCCCUCAUUUGGUGCACCUCAAGCCUCCGUGCCCAGUCAGUAUGCACCUCCCCAGGCAACCUCUACAGCUGGCGGAGGCUCGCCCCUGCAGGAAGUCAUUCUGCAGAUUUUCCAUGAGCCCGCGGCCCUGAGUUCGGAGACGGGCGUGAGCUUGAAGCAGGUGGUGCAAAGGCUGAACAACCAGUAUCCGCAGGAGCAGAUUAAGCAAACGGUCGACUUCCUCGUCAAUGAAGGGCACCUGUACUCAACAGUGGACGACUUUACAUGGAAGUCGACUGGUAGCUAGAAAGCCGCAAUGCUCACAGAAACUGCAGCCCGAUAGCAUCAGUCUGCGGACUCAAUAACAGGUGCUUCGGUUUCCUGAUCUGGUCUCUUGGCGCAACAUCUUGCUCAAGAAGCGCACAUAUGAUUGGUUUAGAUCUGCUUUCAUUUUAGAGGAGAAGUGACGCUUGCACAAUCCUCUCUCACCGUCUGUGUCAAGGGGUCCAUUGUUAAACAAGCAUCAGUGAACACUUGGAAGUAUGCAUCAGCCAGGAUCGACGACGGCUGCCCAUAUGCAGUAUUGCUG